AUGGCUACAACUACACAUUCACCAAUCACCAGAGCUUACUCCUCUUCAUCAAAGAUCAUAGUGUUGGAGGGCAACAUCAGCGCAGGCAAGACAUACUUGUCAAACAAGUUGGGACAAUCACUUGAUUAUAAGGUGUUCUUGGAGCCAACUACUACAAAUCCAUACUUGCAACAGUUCUAUGCGGAACCAAAGAGAUAUGCAUUGGACAUGCAACUUUGGUUGUUGAAUCAGAGAUAUAAUACUUACUUGGCGGCAUUGGACUAUGCUUUGAAUAAUGACAAUAGUGGAGUGGUGUUGGAUCGCUCGAUGUUCUCUGAUUGGGUCUUUGCGGAGAACUGUAGGAAAGAAGGUUUGAUAUCGCCCGAAGGAUUCAAACAGUACACGGCCAUUCGUGACAGCAUGUUACUCAAUGUACCCAUACCCAACAUCACCCUCUAUCUCAACGUGUCGCCUUCUGAAUGUCUGCGGAGGAUACAAUCAAUCAGAAAGAGAACGAUACCAUUGACUUAUUUGGAAGGCUUGGAUAUUUGUUACCAGGAGUUCUUGAAGGAGAUCAAGCUGAAAGGAUCCAAUGUUAUCACAUUUGAUUGGAAUCAGUUUGGAGAAGUCGAUGACAUUGUCACUGAGAUCAAGAAGGACAUUUCUUCAACUUCCCCAUCACUCUUGUUAUCAAAGAACAUUAUUGGCAAUCUUGUUAAGAACCGUGAGGAUAUUACUUCCACUUACCAAACAGAGCUUUCAUUCAUGCACAAGGAGUCAUUAUCAUCAACAUCCUCGUCCGCUGCAGUAGUGCAGGACAAGAACAAUGCUUAA